AGAGCCAGCUUACCGGUGCUGCCGCAGUGCCACCCGCCCCGUCCCGGCCUCGCGCUCCGCACCUGCUCCAGCCAUGAUGAGCUUCGGCGGCGCGGACGCGCUGCUGGGCGCCCCGUUCGCGCCGCUGCACGGAGGUGGCGGUCUCCACUACGCGCUGGCCCGCAAGGGCGGCGCGGGCGGGACGCGCUCGGGCUCCUCCAGCGGCUUCCACUCGUGGACGCGGACGUCCAUGAGCUCCGUGUCAGCCUCGCCCAGCCGCUUCCGUGGCGCGGGCGCCACCUCGAGCACCGACUCGCUAGACACGGUGAGCAACGGGCCGGAGGGCUGCGUGGUGGCGGCGGCGGCGGCGCGCAGCGAGAAGGAGCAGCUGCAGGCGCUGAACGACCGCUUCGCGGGCUACAUCGACAAGGUGCGGCAGCUGGAGGCGCACAACCGCAGCCUGGAGGGCGAGGCGGCGGCGCUGCGGCAGCAGCAGGCGGGCCGCGCUGCCAUGGGUGAGCUGUACGAGCGCGAGGUGCGCGAGAUGCGCGGGGCUGUGCUGCGCCUGGGCGCGGCGCGCGGCCAGCUGCGCCUGGAGCAGGAGCAUCUCCUCGAGGACAUUGCGCACGUGCGCCAGCGCCUAGACGACGAGGCCCGGCAGCGGGAGGAGGCCGAGGCCGCGGCGCGCGCACUGGCGCGCUUCGCGCAGGAUGCCGAGGCGGCGCGCGCGGAACUGCAGAAGAAGGCGCAGGCGCUGCAGGAGGAGUGCGGCUACCUGCGGCGCCUCCACCAGGAGGAGGUGGGCGAGCUGCUCGGCCAGAUCCAGGGCUGCGGCGCCGCACAGGCGCAAGCGCAGGCCGACGCGCGCGACGCCCUCAAGUGCGACGUGACGUCGGCGCUGCGUGAGAUCCGCGCGCAGCUUGAAGGCCAUGCAGUGCAGAGCACGCUGCAGUCCGAGGAGUGGUUCCGAGUGAGGCUGGACCGACUGUCGGAGGCGGCCAAGGUGAACACAGACGCCAUGCGCUCAGCACAGGAGGAGAUAACUGAGUACCGGCGCCAGCUGCAGGCCAGGACCACAGAGCUAGAAACAUUGAAGAGCACCAAGGACUCGCUGGAGAGGCAGCGCUCCGAGCUGGAGGAGCGUCAUCAGGCCGACAUUGCAUCCUACCAGGAAGCCAUUCAGCAGCUGGACACGGAGCUGAGGAACACCAAGUGGGAGAUGGCGGCCCAGAUCCGAGAGUACCAGGACCUGCUCAAUGUCAAGAUGGCUCUGGACAUUGAAAUAGCUGCUUACAGAAAACUCCUGGAAGGUGAGGAGUGUCGGAUUGGCUUUGGCCCAAGUCCUUUCUCCCUUCCAGAAGGACUCCCCAAAAUCCCUUCCACGUCCACUCACAUAAAGGUCAAAAGUGAAGAGAAGAUCAAGGUGGUAGAAAAGUCAGAGAAGGAAACGGUGAUUGUGGAGGAACAGACAGAGGAGAUCCAAGUGACUGAAGAAGUGACUGAAGAAGAGGAGAAAGAGGCCAAAGAGGAGGAGGGAGAAGAGGAGAAAGCAGAAGAGGGAGAAGAAGAAGCAAAGUCUCCCCUAGCAGAAGAGGCUGCAUCCCCAGAGAAGGGAGCCAAGUCCCCAGUAAAGGAAGAGGCCAAGUCUCCAGAGAAGGAAGAGGACAAGUCACCGGCUGAGGUCAAGUCUCCAGAGAAGGCCAAGUCUCCAGCUGAAGUCAAGUCCCCUGAGAAGGCCAAGUCCCCCAUGAAGGAAGAAGCAAAAUCUCCAGCCGAGGUCAAGUCCCCUGAGAAGGCCAAGUCUCCAGCUGAGGUCAAGUCCCCUGAGAAGGCCAAGUCCCCAGUGAAGGAAGAAGCAAAAUCUCCAGCCGAUGUCAAGUCCCCUGAGAAGGCCAAGUCUCCAGCUGAGGUCAAGUCCCCAGAGAAGGCCAAGUCCCCCAUGAAGGAAGAAGCAAAAUCUCCAGCCGAGGUCAAGUCCCCUGAGAAGGCCAAGUCCCCCAUGAAGGAAGAAGCAAAAUCUCCAGCUGAGGUCAAGUCCCCUGAGAAGGCCAAGUCUCCAGCUGAGGUCAAGUCCCCUGAGAAGGCCAAGUCCCCCAUGAAGGAAAAAGCAAAACCUGAGAAGGCCAAGUCCCCCAUGAAGGAAGAAGCAAAAUCUCCAGCUGAGGUCAAGUCCCCUGAGAAGGCCAAGUCUCCAGCUGAGGUCAAGUCGCCAGAGAAGGCCAAGUCCCCCAUGAAGGAAAAAGCAAAAUCUCCAGCUGAGGUCAAGUCCCCUGAGAAGCCCAAGUCCCCAGUGAAAGAAGAAGCAAAGUCCCCUGAGAAGGCCAAGACUCUUGAUGUGAAGUCUCCAGGGGCCAAGACUCCAGUGAAGGAGGAAGCAAGAUCCCCUGCAGACAUCAAAUCCCCCGAGAAGACCAAAAGCCCUGCCAAAGAGGAAAUCAAGUCCCCAGAGAAGGUCAAAUCUCCUGUAAAGGAUGCCAAGGCCCCUGAGAAGGAGAUCCCAAAGAAGGAAGAGGUGAAGUCGCCCGCAAAGGAGGAAGAGAAGCCCCAGGAGGCGAAAGUCAAAGAGCCCCCAAAGAAAGUGGAGGGAGAGAAAGCUCCAGCCAUGCCAAAACCUGAGGAGAAGGACAGCAAGAAAGAAGAGGUGCCCAAGAAGGAGGCUUCCAAGCAUGAGGCUGAGGAGAAGGAACCUGCUAUAGAAAAGCCCAAAGAAUCCAAAGUUGAAGCCAAGAAGGAAGAGGCUGAAGAUAAGAAAAAAGCGGCGACCCCAGAGAAGGAGGCUCCUACCAAGGUCGAAGUGAAGGAAGAAGCUAAACCCAAAGAGAAGACUGAGGUGGCCAAGAAGGAACCAGAAGAUGUCAAGGCCAAAGAACCCAGCAAACCAGCAGAGAAGGAGCCAGAAAAGCCUAAGAAGGAAGAGACACUAGCAGCACCGGAGAAAAAAGACGCCAAGGAGGAGAAGGCCACAGAGGCCAAGAAGCCUGAGGAGAAGCCCAAAACGGAAGCCAAAGCCAAGGAGGACAAGACCCCCUCCAAGGAACCGGCCAAGGAGGCCCCCACACCGAGCAAACCCAAGACGGAAAAGGCUGAAAAAUCCUCUAGCACAGAUCAAAAAGACAGCAGGCCUGCAGAGAAGGCAACAGAAGACAAGGCCACCAAGGGGGAGAAGUAAGGCAACCAGGAAGAAACGUCCAGAACAGCCAAAGAAACUCAGGAGGGUCCCAGAGCUCAAGGGUCAGUGUAACGACUUUUUAUUUUUUUCUCUUUUCUUUAUGUAAGAAGAAACUCUGCUUGGAUGACGGGCCCUCCUUCACCAAACAGGAAUUUCUGUUAGCAAUAUGUUAGCAAGAGAGGGCACUCCUAGCUCCCUGCCCCCAACACCCCAACCCUCCCCAGCGAUGGACAAUUAUGUCAUGAUAGCUUAUGUAGCCGAAUGUGAUACAUGCCGAAUGCUACUCGUAAAUACUUGACUAUAAAAACUGCCCCCUUCUUUCCAAAUAAGUGCAUUUAUUUCCUCUAUGUGCAACUGACAGAUGACCGCAAUAAUGAAUGAGCAGUUAGAAAUGCAUUAUGCUUGAGAUGUCUUAACCAAUUCCUAAAUGCCUUCUGUUUUCCAAAGGAGUGGUCAAGCCCUUGCCCAGAGCUCUCAAUUCUGGAAGAGCUAAGUGGGUGGGACCGGGCACUGGCCACUGAAUCACGCCAGGGCACACUUUCCACUGGAGUCCACUUUCAAUUGCUUCUGUGCAAUAAAACCAAGUGCUUAUAAAAUGAAA